CUAAAUUGUCUCUUCCAAUUUCUGCCUCUGGUAACCCAGUCCCAAAGAUCACGUGCUCUUUACAGAGUAAAAUCCAAGGUGACGAUGAACGAAUCCUAGUUAUUAAUGAAAAGCUUGAGAUGAGGAAAGUCCGAUUUGGAGAUCAAGGCAAGAUCGAAUGUCGAGCGGAGAAUAUAUUUGGUACUCAAGUGGCACGAGUGAAACUUUUCGUCUUUGGUCCUCCAAGAUUCUCUAUCACACUCCCAGGAAAAGUGAUCGGCUUUCUUGGUAAAACGACAAAACUUCUGUGUGACGUAGUCGGCUUCCCCACCCCUGUGGUUAAAUGGAACAGGUCUCCCGCAAUCCCACUCCCUCAGGUUCGCAGUUCAUUAACAAAAGGAAGUCUGAUUAUUGAAAAUACUAAAAGUGAUGACGAGGGAGUGUACAUCUGUACCGCAAGGAAUGAACAUGGAACAGUGAUUCAUGGCACUUUUUUGAAAGUUGAAUCAGUCGUUCCUCCUGAGUUCUCUACAACACUCACCUCUUCAAUCUCUGUGCCGGGAAUUCGAGAAACUCUGCGGAUCAAUUGCUCUGCCAAAGGUUCGCCUCUGCCCACAGUCACGUGGUACAAGGAUGACGUCGACGCCAUCCACGCUAUAAAUAGCGUUUCUAAUGACGAAUAUACCAGCGAGCUUGUGAUUAAUAACUUCCAGCCUGAGGACCAAGGCAUCUACAGAUGCGUCGCUCGUAACAAGUAUAAUGAUACAAUAACCACGAAUUCAACAGUGUUCCUACCCAACUGUGGCAACCCGGUAAAUAUAGAUAAUGCAAUGAUCAUGAAAAGCAAAAACUGGGCAGGAGAAUUUGUCAGGUACCUUUGUCAUGCAGGCUAUACCAUGAUUGGGCCCGCGGUGAGACGAUGUUUACCCAACGGUAAAUGGAGCGGAGAAAAUACCUCAUGUACUGAUAGACUGGAAUGUCUUCAUCACACCAUCAUUCAUGACGACACCAGGCGAGUGGGCUACGAAGACUCCAGCCACAAGUGUGACAAUAAUUUAGUCGAGGGCUGGUACCGUUUUCCAAAGGGAAGACAAAUGAAUACCAACUGUGCAAAAUAUCAUUCCUGCGAUACGGAACGCGCAGGUUGGUUAGUCGGCGGCCAUCCGUCAGCAGAAGACGGAAGGGUAACCAAGAAAAUAUGUUUCGGGCGAACUGCACCUUCGUGUACUUGCGCUUAUCAUAAUUACAUACAAGUACGAAACUGUGGAUCGUUUUACGUGUAUAAGCUGAAACCCAUUACAAUCUGUACAAAUAAUUUGGUAGCGUCGCGAUAUUGCACUAACUGAGAACACAGAUUUGGGGUGACGAAUGGUACCUAAUGAAAAAUUGUCUCGCAAACUUUGAAUCCACCUCGAAAUCUGGUCAACUUUUAUGAUGAGCCUAAAGCGUUGCAUUGCUUUAUAACUUCUUCAAAAUCUAGUUCAAUUGUCCAAAGCCAUAGAGGAUAAACGUCGCUGGCGACGAAAAGUCAGCGCUUGACUGCCGUAGUUUGAAAUACUGCGAUUUCUAACGCCACGUUUUCCUGCAACUAAUAGUACCCUACAAAAAUCUUAGAAAACGACGGUUAUGGUAGAGUUUUAGAGCUUUAAUUGUAGUCUCGGUCUCGUAGUUUUAAACAGGGCUCCCUUCGUCUCGAGAAUCCCUGAUUUCACCAUUCUUUACCCCUCAAAGACAACUUGCUCACCUUGUAACCGAUAACGGUAAUAGAACUUAGUGGUGUAUUUGAAAUCGAGCGCUAGAAAAUAUUGUUAGAAAUUAAAACAGAAAAAAACUUUGUACCUAGCCGUAAUGUUGCACUGAUUUAUUAGCUCAUUAAAGCUCUCACGUUUAUCGUU